CAAUGGCCACAAGUGUCCCGUCAGCGCCUGCACAGAAGUCACUGCGGCGGCUGAACGCGGUCCCGUGAAGACGGAGAGAAUUGAAGCUGUUUAUGGACCGUCCGAGUUUGAAUUAAAUCCACCCUUCUUUCACUGAGUUGGAUUUUAAAGGAAAAACCCACAUUCCGACAGAUUUCAUUCAGUUUGUUGUCUGUAAACUGCAUCCCUCACAGUGUUGUAGCCACUGAGCUCAGGAAAAGCGUGAUAUCCCCGGCCAUAAUUAAGCCCAUGGGAACAGAUGGUCGUUGGCAGUCUCUGCUGUUUGUCAGCCAUACAACACUACUCUAAGUGGAGAUAAAUGCUGCUGCAGGGGAGGGGUUUGGGGAGCUUGGACCGGGAGCCGAGGGAUAGACCUGCCAGACGUAAUUAGAUGAGAGGAAGCAGGUAGAGGAGGGGACGUGCCGCCAUGUGUUGGAUCUCAGAAAGAGCACAAAGGUCCACGUGUUCCACUGCUGGACCAUGGCUCCUGAAUUAAGCAGUCUCGGUGCCGGUGCCUCGUAACACUCGAGCAGAUUUCAGUAAACGCUGGGGUGGUCUGAGCCGUAUGCAGCUGCAGCAGGGAUGAUCACAUCCCAUAUGAACGGUUAUGCACAAGAGGCCUCUGGUCAGGCCAUGAGCCAAAGAGAGAGGGCCGUGGACUGUCCAGGGGAAGAGAGUAGCCUCGUCAAAUCUCCACAAAGCAGUGCCCACAUGGAGAGGAUCCAGCACUACCAGGAGGAGCUGAGGAAGAGGAGAGAGGAAGACAGCAGGGGGAAGCACGACAUCGACCCCAACGCUUCACUGAGGCUCAAGAAGCUUUCACAGAACCCCAAGGUGGGGAUUGACAACCCCACAUUCGAGGGAAAAGAGAAGGCCACCAAAGACGCAUGUUACGUCGAACCUGUAGCUGAAGUCGGGGAGUUGCUGCAGGCUCUGAGUUGGAUUCAGCAGUGUCUGACUGACACACAGAGCCAGCAGGAUGUGGAGCUGAUUGCGCAGCUCCUUGCCAAGGAAGACUUUAAGAAUGCCUUUACCAUCUACAGCGCCGUUUCCCAGCAGAUCGGCAGAGUCACGCCCACCUUACCGCUCACAGCACAAGCGCAGGAUCUUUGCCAGGAGGUACAGAAGAUUCUGCAGACGAGCCAUCAGAAGGAGGGUUCGGAGCUCAGGUCCCUGCUCACAAAUCCUCAUCUCCAGGCACUGAUGCAGGCUCAUGACAGUGUGGCGGGAAAGGAAAUGGAAGACGAAAACGCGACCCAGUCCCUCAGCGAGACGGUUAAACUCGUGCGGUUAGAGAAGGCCCUUGACACUCCUCUGGGUGCGACUGUACGUAACGACAUGGACAGCGUGGUGGUGAGUCGUGUGGUGAAAGGCGGAGCAGCCGAGCGAAGCGGGCUCCUCAGUGAGGGAGAUGAGAUCCUGGAGAUCAAUGGGAUCUCUAUACGUGGGAAACACAUCAAUGAAGUCCAUGACUUACUGCAACAAAUGCAAGGCACGCUGACCUUCCUCCUCAUCCCCAGCUCUCAGAUCAAACCUGCCCCACACAGACAGACUGUGAUGCACGUGCGAGCCUACUUUGACUACGACCCCUCUGAUGACCCCUUUGUGCCGUGUCGGGAGCUGGGCCUGUCCUUCCAGAAGGGGGACAUCCUUCAUGUCAUUAGCCAGGACGACCCCAGCUGGUGGCAGGCCUACAGAGAUGGAGACGAGGACAACCAGCCACUGGCUGGACUCAUUCCAGGGAAAAGCUUCCAGCAACAGAGAGAGUCCUUGAAGAAAACUGUAACAGACAGGAGUCGAGAGCAACCAGGGAAAAACUGGUAUUCAAAGAAGAGCAAGAAACAAAAGAAGAAGAACACAUCGAACUUCAGUAAAAAUGCUGACUAUGACGACAUCCUGACCUACGAGGAGAUGUCCCUUUAUCACCAGCCUGCUAAUCGUAAACGGCCCAUAGCAUUGAUUGGUCCUACCAACAGUGGCCAUGAAGAGCUGCGUCGGCGGCUUCUGUCCAUUGAACCAGAGAAGUUUGCUGUUGCGGUGCCACACACGACCAGAAACCAAAGGAUACACGAAAAAAACGGACGCGAGUACCAUUUUGUGAGUCGAUCUGCCUUUGAAGGAGACUUGGGGGCAGGGAAGUUCAUCGAGUCUGGCGAAUAUGAGAAGAAUCUGUACGGGACCAGCACCGACUCAGUCCGACACAUCGUGAACUCUGGACGCAUCGGUUUGCUCUGCCUGCACACGAGGUCACUACAAGUGUUGCGUUCCUCCAACCUCAAGCCCUAUGUCAUCUUCAUCGCGCCUCCUUCUCAGGAACGACUACGCACCCUGCUGGCCACAGGGGGGAAAACACCAAAGCCAGAGGAGCUGAAGGACGUGAUUGAAAAGGCCCGUGAGAUGGAGCACAGUUUUGGUCACUUCUUUGAUGCAACCAUCGUGAACAUGGAUCCAGAGCAGGCGUUCAACGAGCUGCGCAGACUGAUCGACAAGCUGGACACUGAGCCACAGUGGGUGCCCACGUCCUGGCUGUGCUAGAGGUCACACUGUCUCACUGCAAGACGUCUCAGGGAAAGACAAGGUAAAUCGAGAAAUAAAAACCAAAAUUGUUCCUGGAGACUGAAAGCAAAUGCAGGACAGACACUGGUGAAUUGACUUGCACUCCUCGGUUUUAGAGGAAGACAUUCACCACACAUGUCGCAGGGACGGGACUCAGGAUUGUCAAAGAAUAUUUCUGUUUGUUGGUUUAUGUGAGUGAUUUUUGCUUCAAUAUGUUUCAUGAUUACACAGUUUUAUGCAAAGUCAUUUAUUUAAGAAAUAGAAAUAUUUCUAUUCUAUAGUUUAUUUAUAAUUGUACAUAUGUAUUUUCAAGGCAAAAUAUUUUAUUGUCGCAUUUUGUGCGUGUGACAUCAAAAACGGUACACGUUGCUGGGAGAGUCUUCCUGUGCGCAGUAUCCCGAGAUCUGUCAAGGUGUGAAACAAAAGAAGAGCACAUGUCUGUGCUAAAAGUGGCUGCAGUGUAACGUCUUCCAUUCAGAAUCUCCAAGGCAAAAUCUGUCAUCUCUGAACCAAUGUCAGUAUUAGUGUCGUCUCACAGUUCAUUUACACCUUAAUAACAGACCUCACAUCUAAGGUUUACUUUUAGUUGGUAUCAGACUUCUUUUUUUUGGAUGAACCAAAUAUAAUAUUUAGUAAAACUCCCAACAAAUACAGUUUUGUUUCUAUGCAGAGUCCUUUUUAAAUUAAAAGCACAAUUCUUGCAAAGUGUUAAUAAAGUGUGUGAGUAAGUGAUGUA